AUGGACUCUGACAUCCCCAAGAGCAGACAAGAUGAGGUUGUCUCAUAUUACAAGUCUCAAAACCUGGUUGAGUCCCCUUCUGGGGACCACUUCAUUGUUCAUUGGUGCUACGAGCUGUUUCCGGGAGAAAGACUGGAGUCUAAGACACCUCCCUCCUCCUCCUCCUCCUCCUCCUACUACAGGAAGAAGCCCAAGAGUUUUAUGGUGUUUAGGCAAGAAGACCCCGAGGGAAAGAAGCGGCGAGAGAGCGAGGCAUUUUGCGUCUCGGCGACCGAGUAUCCUGCUAAUUGCGUCUACUAUGCAGACUAUGGUUUCGGUUUCUAUGACCUCUCCUCCAACACUCUCCAUGAUCUCACCGGUGAGGCCGUUGCGUCCAGCUUGUACAUGUGGCUUGCCCCUCUCCAGUGA